CGGCGCUGUCAGCCGGCAGCGGCAUGGUGCCCGGGUCUCCUGCGCCGAUGCAGUGAGGGCCGCGCGAGCCGGCGGUGGCAGGCAGCGGCCGGGGCCGUCUCAGCCUCGGCGGCCUGGAUGGUUGUGUAGGGUCCGUGGUGCCGCCUCCCAGCAUGGCGAGCUUCCUGCCCCCGUGUGUGAUAGACGGAGGCACCGGGUACACAAAACUUGGCUAUGCAGGAAAUACGGAACCACAGUUCAUUAUUCCAUCAUGUAUUGCAAUCAGAGAGUCACCAAAAGUAGGCGACCAAGCCCAGAGGAGAGUAUUGAAGGGAGUUGAUGAUCUAGACUUCUUCAUAGGAGAUGAAGCCAUAGAUAAACCUACCUAUGCUACAAAAUGGCCCAUACGACACGGUCUUGUUGAAGACUGGGAUCUCAUGGAGAGAUUCAUGGAGCAAGUAAUUUUUAAAUAUCUUCGCGCUGAACCCGAGGAUCAUUACUUUUUAAUGACAGAACCUCCACUGAACACUCCAGAAAACAGAGAGUAUCUUGCAGAAAUCAUGUUUGAAUCUUUUAACGUACCAGGACUUUACAUUGCUGUUCAGGCAGUGUUGGCCUUAGCCGCAUCUUGGACUUCACGGCAGGUUGGCGAACGUACAUUAACAGGAAUAGUCAUUGACAGUGGUGAUGGAGUAACACAUGUAAUUCCUGUGGCAGAAGGUUAUGUAAUUGGAAGUUGCAUCAAACAUAUCCCUAUUGCAGGUAGAGAUAUUACAUAUUUCAUUCAGCAGAUCCUAAGGGAGAGGGAGGUAGGAAUUCCCCCUGAACAGUCUCUGGAGACAGCAAAAGCCAUAAAGGAAAAAUAUUGUUACAUUUGCCCUGACAUAGUAAAAGAAUUUGCCAAAUAUGAUAUAAAUCCACAAAAAUGGAUCAAACAGUACACAGGCAUCAAUGCAAUCAACAAAAAUAAAUUCAUUAUAGAUAUUGGUUAUGAAAGGUUUCUUGGACCUGAAAUUUUCUUUCAUCCUGAGCUUGCUAAUCCAGAUUUUAUGGAAUCCAUUUCGGAUGUAGUUGAUGAAGUUAUACAGAACUGUCCCAUUGAUGUUCGUCGUCCAUUAUAUAAGAAUGUGGUUCUUUCAGGAGGAUCCACAAUGUUCAGGGAUUUUGGACGUCGACUACAGAGAGACUUGAAAAGAAUAGUGGAUGCAAGAUUGAAACUAAGCGAAGAACUCAGUGGUGGUCGGAUAAAGCCCAAACCAGUUGAAGUUCAAGUGAUAACACACCAGAUGCAGCGCUAUGCAGUUUGGUUUGGAGGUUCCAUGCUUGCUUCAACAACAGAGUUUUUCCAAGUAUGUCACACCAAGAAGGACUAUGAAGAAUAUGGCCCUAGUAUUUGUCGUCAUAAUCCUGUCUUUGGAGUCAUGUCAUAGCACUUGUCUAAUGGAAGUCAUGGGUCAGAUAUCUUGCUGGUGAAGAAACUCUUCUGAAAUGGAAGAAGGCAGCAGUUACUGUAAAUAUUGAAGCAAGAAGUGGACGUUCAUCUCUUGGAGCGUUUGGAUCUCAUAGUGCACUACAUACGGCCCAAAACCAUUUCAGUGAAAGCCAUUUAUGUGCCAACUACCUUUAAAACCUAUCCCUCUCUUCCUUCCUAAAUGUGAGCUUCUAGGUAAUAGACACGUCUCUGUUUAGGAGAAUGUGCAAAACACUAUUGGAGUCAGUCUAGAAGAUUACAGCAUUGUCUUACUGCCUCUGGAAAGGAAAAAGGAUUUAAGCCUUUCCCACUUAGGCUGUUAUCCUGCAAUCCAACCUCAAUGGAUGGAUCGCUGUACCUGUGUGGAGUCCCAUUGCCUUCAGUGGGACUCUGCAUGGGUAUAAGUGUCCACCUGCACAGAUUACAUUGCGGGAUUGGGGCCUUUCUUUGUACAUAAAUGUUCUAAACUUGGAAUACAAAUGUAUGUUUCACAUUAUUUUCAAGUUGAUGAUAUUGGGAGGGUGAAAUGCGAGUUCGAAGCACAAACAGCUAUCAGUGGCAUGGAGUGAUGUUACAAGUUUCCAAUUGCGAGGCAUGUACUGGAUUUGUACUGGUGCGUCUUGUUGGCAAAACAAAAAAAGAUUUUUUUUUCUUUUUUUGUUUUUGCCACGUGUGCUAGAAAAUGGUAUUUUGUUUGAGUGACAUGAACUUUAAGCAGUUUACUGGAUUGUUUGAGAUUUAUUACAGCCUAUAUCAGGGGUCGGCAACGUUUGGCACGCGGCUCG